GAAUCGAACUCAUUGACUCCAUUGCAUACAUUCACAUUGACUCGCCACUGUAAAGGAUUGCUUUCAAUAUCCAUCAAACUUUACAACCACACGACAUACUUUAAUUACUAAAUUGCACAAAUCGAUUGAAGCGAGUUGAGUUUAAUAAUUAAGUAUACGCCGGGUACUUUCAUAUGACUAGCAACAUCUUUUAAUAACGGAGUUUAUAAUCUUUAGUGAGCAGUAAUAUUCAUUAGAGAAAAAGGGUUUUCUUAUUUGACCUCAGACAUGAACUUUGCCACCUUUUGUCAUUAUACCCGUAGUUAUUAUAAAACGGCUUUGACUAAUAUGCUCCUAACAAUCGCCGCUACACAUUACGUAUCAAGUUGCCUUCAAAAGAGCUUGACCACCAAGCGCCUUGACUCGUGUCCAUUGAGCUCACUAUACUCGAGAUAUACAAAGAGAUAGAGCAAGUAAAACGAGCGAAAAGUGUAGAGAAAUAUAUUGCAGCGAGUGAAAUUGAACGCCAAACGCUCUCCCCAUGCCCAAUGAUGGGCUAUCGCAUUUUAAUGACCUACUUUUUGAGCUCAAGACUAUUUAAGUUUCGCUCGUAUUGGUUUGCUCUAAUUCAGUGCAUUGUAAAUCCCAGAGGUAGCGCAAUUAGUAUUUCCAAUACAUCGGCGUAUUGUCAAGGAAAGAGUUCCAACAAGCUUGCGGGGCUUCGCCAACGACUUGGACCCCCUUCGAAUGGUGUGGCGUACCCCGAGUGCCGAGUGUAGUUUACAGCAACUACAAAUCGAGACAAAACAAUAUGCGAAAAUAAAUAUGCAUGUGUAAGGAGAAAACGUUGCACAGGCAAUGAAAGUCAUUACCCACGACGCGCAACGAAAGCAAAUUUCGAAAGCCCAAUUGACAGCAGUUGAGAGGCCAAAGACAGCAUGGAGCAAAUAUUGUAGUACAAAUAGUAGCAAAACAAAGAAAAAUAAAUGCAAAAUAAAAGGAAUAGAAUUAGCGAAUGUGUCUGUAAAAUUCAAUUCAAGGCGUUAACAGACAUUAAAUGCAUUUCGAAUUUGGGCCAGCACCUUGGAUAUGUGCUAAGAAUAGAAAAUAGCAAACUUGGCCAAGGAAAGAAUUUAAAAUGCAAGCCAGCAAUAAGGGAGGAUAAACACAUGACUGACAUUGGAAGAAUGUGGUCCCUCUGAAUUCAUUAAAAAAAAGUUAAUCAUAUUGAACUUAAUAAUAUUUUAUUUAUAGACAAGUAUUCCUUUGGUUAAUAUAAAAUAUGUACGCCUUCCGGAAGUCUCUUAAAUUACAAUAGACAACAAUUUCAACAGCAAAUUAAAUUCAAUGCGAACAACAUGCGAAUAUGUCCCACAGCGUAAUAUUUAUUAAUUUAUAGGCGCAUGUGUCAUACGGGGUUGGGUAGGCAUUAAUAUGAAUGCAUAAUAGGAACAUAAAAUUCCAAAAAUAUUUUGCCAAGAUUGACCCCGCCUGUGUAUUGUGGCUGGGAUCAUGCGCUUCUGUCUUCACAUCCACAUCCAAUUCCAGGCCCCAGGACCCUGUCCGAAGAUGGACACACGUAUACACAAUCUAACACUGCCAACGCCAGCCGCAACAACAAUUAUGUCCACGUCAGCAGCAGCAGCAGCCGCAGCAACAACGGCGAUGGCCGCUGCGAUGUCUAGGGCCACAGCAACAACAAAUGCCCCAGCAGCAACAACACUAGAAACAACAACGACAUCAACUGGACCAGGCACAUUUUUUACAUACAGCAUACCAGGCAUGGACAUCGCGCCGGGACCAUUUAUAUUCACCUACGUUAGUGAAUUUUUAUCGCUUAUCACGCCGGAAGAAUUGCCGCUUGAUUCUAUACGGGAUGUACUACAUAAGAAUGGUAGCCUAAUCGACUUUGCCUCUAAUGCCAUUAAAAUCGAAUCGGGCUUCAUCGCACUGAUGAGCAUAUUUGCCAUACUGGCUUUAGUGCCACUGAUUGCCACCUGUGCUUGGUGCUGCGGCCGUCGGAGCACACAGGAUGAAGUGGACCUCAUACGAAACGCCCCGGUGCACAUUCGCGACGAGUCCUUGGAGGAGAGUCUGCGAUGUCGCAAAAGUGCCUCGGUGGUCACACUUUGGAUUGUCUUCAUACUGCUCACGCUGAGCGACCUCAGCAUAUUUUAUGCCAAUAGUCGGCUAUCGACAGGGAUUGAGAUGACGCCGGAGAUGGUCAAGUCGGCGGUGCACGACGUCGAGGUUUUUUUAAAGGAUACGCAUCUACAAAUCAAACACAAACUAGAUAAUGGCUUUCAUGUUUCCGUCGAGAAAGUUGUCAAAGACUUGGAAGACGUGGAUGUUCUCCUUGGCGAACCAAUUCAAGCGGAAAUAUCUGCACACACUGGCCUCGAGCUGGCAUAUGAUUCAUUGACAACACUUAGCCUGGCGAAUGCGGAGCUCAUUUAUCGCGUCCUUAUGCUUCAAGAGACUGUCGGACGCGCUUUGAAGCUCUCCCAGGAGGCAGCCGCCCGCAUGGAGGAGCUACAGAUACAAUUAUCCGUGCUGCAGCGCCAGUGCACGUACCGAGAUCGUCCGCUCUGUGACACAUUGCGUAUACGCAGCUUCGAGGAAAACGGAGUAGUCGAUGCGCUCAAGACGCUGCAAGAGGACCAGAGCAUCUUUCGCAUGCGAUACUUGGGCGAAAUUGAAUUUGGUUCCACUGUCAAGAAUCUGACAUCGGAAGUUGGCGUCUCACGUUCAAUUUUCAGCAAUUUCCCGCAACAAGUUAAGCACGAUACAGCAUAUGAACGAAACUAUACGCUGGAGCAGCUGGCGAGCAUAAGGCACAGGACGACAGCCAAUGCCCAGCUGUUGACAUCGACAAUUAAUGCGUUGCUGGAGCGUCUGGAUCGAACGUGGCCAGCACUGGAGCCGACUUACAUAGAGCUUAAGGAGUGGGCGAACACGUACUGGGGCAUUGGCUGGAUUGCCGCCAUGGUCAUCGUUUGGGUGCUGCUCUUUAUGCUAAUGUCCUACUGUUGCUUCCUCUGCGAGUCGAACGCCAAGUCCGGCAUUGUCUUCUUCGUUACCGUCUUGGUCAUUUGCCUGGGCAGCAUUGGGCUCACCUUCUAUGGGGUCUUCUCCCUCGCCAUUGGCGGUAACGUCGAGGUCUUCCUCUGUCGCUCCAUCCAAGGCCCUAACUACGAGAUGCUGGGCAAGCUAUUCGAUAAGCCCGGCUAUGUGUAUGCAGCAGAGCCCCAAACAGGCAUCAUUGGAGAGCUCCUUCGUCCUGCUGGCGUUAAUCGCUCCGUUGUCAAUGUCAAUCUGGGCACAGCACUCAGGGGCUGCGAACAAAAUCAAGCAUCGUACAAUGUCUUUCAAUUGGAUGCAUUCGUUAAUACAACCAAAAUAGCCGACUUAAAACAAUUCCCGAAAGUAUCAACGGCCAUCGAUGCCAUUUCGGUAUCGGAGCGAACGCUCCUCUCGCUGACCCAAUCUAUUCAGAAUAUUUUGGAGAACAUGUUGCAAACGUCCGCUUUCAAUCUGACCACGUAUCGGAACAGUGUUGGCGCACCCACGCCCGAGAAGGAUUUGGCAACGUUCAUUGAUCAAAUGCAGCGAGUUGCCCUCCAGAUUCAAGAUGUGGCCACUUCGUCCCGCAUGACAACUCUGGGCAGUCGGUCGAAACGAUUGCAAGCUUCGAUACUGCAGCCGCUUGAGAAUCUGCAGAAUGAAAUACUUUACCAUCUGACUGCGUUGGAGCUGCAGAGAGAUCCCUGGGCGAAGCAGGUUAAUCAGACACUCAAUCACUUGAAAAACAUUCAAGGAUAUUUGGAGAACAAAGCUGGGGAGAUCUGUCACAAUCUGACGCGCGUCUAUACAGAGCGCCUCAAGACAUACCUGACCAGCAGUCGAGCCACAAUGGAGUCACAGCUGGGGGAUACCACAACCAAGUGCCGUCCGUUCUACGAUACGUUUGAUGCCAGUCGGAUAUUUUUGUGCCGCAAUCUGGUGGACUUUGUUAAUGGUCUGUGGUUCUUUGUCUUUCUGACCCUGUUGCUCUGGGCCAUUGGCACACCAGUUGGCCUCAAUCUGAUCACCAUACAGACGCGACUGAAUGCCAUGUUGCUGGCACAGAAGCGUAACAAGGGGAAGCAGCGCAGGAGUGACAGAGACAGUGAACGGGACCAGCGAGGAACUGGCACACGUGGACGCCCGAAGCAACGGACGAGCAACGCUGGGAAGCGAGAACAGCAACGGGAUCGAAGCACUAGCAGCGCAACAGCACGCUCCCGACCACCAUUACGACGCACUGCCACUGAGGAAACUUUAGACAUAGCUGACGAGGACUCCACGCCAUCGAGACAGCAGCACCAACAGCAUCAUCACCCACAACAGCAGCGGCGACAGGAGUCGGAGCAACGUGAAUUGGAUCGUGAGCGAGGACGUGAUCGCGAGCAGCGGAGCCGAGAGCGUGAGCUGAGUCGGGGACGAGAAAUGGCGAUGACCCCAGUUCGAAGUCGCCAGCAGCUGCGUCGCGCUGAACCAAUGCCCGAGGAUGACAAUUGGGGUUCAUCCAGUGCACCCAGUAGAGCCAACUCCAAUGAGCGCGAAAGCAGUCAGUCUAGAAAGAUCAUCAACAUUUGGCAGUCGAGAAAUAAAAUCAAGGCACCGAUUCGCCGCCAAGGUACUGAGGAGCUAGACUUUGAGGAUGAACAGACACAGCAGGACAGCGGCUGGAGGGCCAAGUCCAGCGCCAGUCCCGAGUUGCGGCAAUUCGAGAACCGUCGCCAACAGCAGCAGCACCCGGAUAAUCGAUCCCAAUCGCAAGCUAAGCCCAAGUUGCGUAGUACGAAUGUGGACAGAGCUAGUAGCCAAGUGGCACGUCGUCCGGUCACGCCCGUUCUGAGCGUCAAUCCCGAUGUGCCAGCUGCCGUGCCAAUGCCCCGAACGCCGAUGCGUUUGAGGAGCAAGGUCUCAUUGACAGCCCGAGCCGUGCAGGAUAUUGUGAAUAAGCGAAGCCAGCGCCUCCAACGUACUGGUACCGAUGAAUUUGAUCUGGAUGAGAGCGAUACCUACGGUACUGGAGCACAUCUGGACGCGGACGUCGCUGCCGCACGUCGCACUCCGCCACGCAGCGCACCUCCGCCUCCACCGCCACCGACGACCGGGAUGAACAGAAGCGGCGGCGAACGCACUGUACGUUGGAACGAAGAGGAGGAUUUUGUCUUCGAAGAUGCUGACUCACCUACACCAAAUCGCCAUUGAGAGCCCAGCUUGCUAAUUAGUUACCCUUAAGAUAUAUCUUUUGUAUUUCAACAUAACAAUAUUUUUGAUUUAUUAGGAUGAAUUUAGUCUAUUCAGUCUAGUCUACGAUAGUAUCAAGCUUUUCAAUAAUUCUUAAGCAUUUAAGUUGCGACUAAAUCACAAAUAAAGAAUGGUGCAACAAUCACAUACGAUA